CUUUUUCUUUGCGUUUUUGACACUAUGUGUGAAAGAGAUGACAAAUCUUGCUAGUUCGCCGUGUAGUGACGGCGGCAUCAAUUUCUGAAUUAAUUACCAUUUGUCGCAAAAACUGCGCGUCCUUUAUCUUUUCUAGACCAAAAUCUCUCAUCUUAUUGUAGAUUGUGUUGAAUAGUAAUCUAAAUGGCAUCAGAUGAUGAAGUAGACGGUUCUUUUGCAGGUGAUGAGGAAGUGGAAGAAGGUGAGGGUCAGAACGAGAACUCCGGAGACAGUGAUGAAGCACCCCCAAAGGAGGAUGAAGAUUACUCACCAGAAGAUGGUAGAAAAAAGAAAAAGGGUAAAAAGAGGAAAGCCAGAGGAGAGGAGAAAAAAGGCAGAAAGAAAAAGAAGAAGAGAAAGAAUGAGAGUGAGGAUGACGAUGAUUUCGGUCUCGAGAUGGAGGCGGAGGGCGACAGUGACUACGCAUUGAGCGCCAUGUCGUCGAGCAAGAAGUCGCGCAAAGGCCGGGGCAGCAAGCACAACACGCCAUCCACUCCCGCCGCUUCCGAUUCCGGAUCAGCUGGCAUGCCCACGGUUGAAGAGGUUUGUGCCUCCUUCGGGCUCUCGGACGUGGAUAUACAGUUCACGGACGCGGACUACGAGAACCUCACCUCGUACAAACUGUUCCAGCAGCAUGUCAGGCCGAUGCUCGUCAAGGAAAACCCAAAGGUGCCUGUAUCGAAACUGAUGAUGUUGGUGGCGGCAAAAUGGCGCAUGUUCUGCGAAAUGAAUCCGCACCUCGGCGGGCCCACGCCGAACAUGGGCUCCGAGGAGAACACCAACACCUCCACGGCCUCAGACUACGUGCCCAAGAGGCCCGGCCGCACACCCAAGGAGUCCAAAAACGACGAGACAAUAGAAGAGCCAGAGGAAGAAGAAGAGGAGGAGGCGAGCGACGAGGGCGCGGCGGUGCCUCGCAAGCGCGGCCGCAAGCCCAAGGCGGGCGCCACCACGCCGCGCGGCAAGCCCGGCCGCAAGCCCAAGGUGCCCACGCUCAAGAUCAAGUUCAGCAAGCGCAAGCGCACCAGCAGCGAGGAAGAUCAAGAAGGCAGCGCCGGCGUUAAUUCAGACUCAGAUGCAGAAUUCGAGCAAAUGCUGGCCGAAGCCGAAGAAACUAAACCUCCUGCCGCAGCGGCACCUGAGGAGGGGGCACAGCCGAAGGAAGAUGAUCCGAAUGUGCCACAACCAAAAAGGAAAGCCAAAACCAAGAUUGGCAACAAAAAGAAGAAAAAGAAGUUGAAGACCACAAGUAAAUUCCCCGACGGCGCUGAGGGUGAACCUGAACAUCAGGAUUAUUGUGAGGUGUGCCAGCAAGGUGGCGAGAUAAUCCUGUGCGACACGUGCCCGCGAGCCUACCACUUGGUGUGCCUCGAGCCCGAGCUGGAGGAGACGCCCGAGGGGCGCUGGUCCUGUCCGCAUUGCGAGGCCGAGGGGAACAACGACCAGGACGACGAUGACGAACAUCAGGAGUUCUGCAGGAUCUGCAAAGAUGGCGGCGAGUUGUUGUGCUGCGACUCCUGUCCUUCGGCGUACCAUCGUUUCUGUCUCACACCACCGCUAGAGGAAGUUCCCGACGGAGAGUGGAAAUGUCCUCGAUGUAGUUGCCCUCCGCUAGAUGGCAAGGUGGCCAAGAUCCUGACGUGGCGGUGGAAGGAGCAGCCGGCCAAGUUGAAAGCGCCGCGCACACGCGAGUUCUUCGUCAAGUGGCACGAACGCUCCUACUGGCACUGCAGCUGGAUAUCGGAGCUACAGUUGGACGUGUUCCACCCGCUGAUGUACCGCUACUACAUGCGUAAGUCGGACCCGGAGGAGCCGCCCAAGCUCGAGGAGCCGCUCGAUGAGCGCGACAGCCGCGUCAAGAGACUCAAGGACAAACAGACCACCGACCAUGAGUCCAACGAGAAACUACUUGAGGAGAAAUACUACAGAUAUGGUGUGAAGCCUGAAUGGCUGGUGGUGCAUCGCGUCAUCAACCACCGCACUUCACGCGAUGGCACUACGUACUAUUUGGUAAAAUGGCGUGACCUGUCUUACGACCAAGCCACGUGGGAGUCUGAGCACGAAGAUAUUUCUGGAUUGAAGCAGGCUGUUGAUUACUACCAGGAUAUGCGCGCCUGUAUAACCUCGGAGGGCAAAACAAAAGGCACUAAAGGUAAGAAACCAGGACGUAAAAGCAAGACUAAAGACGUCAUCGAAGAGGAUGACAGCAGCACUGGUCUUCAAAUGCGUACUAAGAAAUACAAUCCGCCGCCAGACCGCCCGACCACUAAUCUAAACAAAAAGUACGAGGAUCAACCACCGUUUGUGUAUGAGACCGGCAUGCAGCUACAUCCGUACCAAUUGGAGGGUCUCAACUGGUUACGAUACUCGUGGGGACAAGGCAUCGACACUAUCCUGGCUGACGAGAUGGGUCUCGGUAAAACUAUCCAAACAGUCACAUUCCUGUAUUCUUUGUUCAAAGAAGGACACUGUAAAGGACCAUUCCUCGUCUCCGUGCCAUUGUCGACUAUUAUAAAUUGGGAAAGAGAGUUUGAACUCUGGGCUCCAGAUUUGUAUUGCAUUACCUAUGUAGGUGACAAAGAUUCUAGAGCAGUCAUCAGAGAAAAUGAAUUGACAUUUGAGGAUGGAGCAAAUAGAGGCGGAAGACCGUCGAAGAUUAAGUCGCAAGUGAAAUUUAAUGUAUUGCUUACGUCUUAUGAGUUAGUUUCAAUUGAUGCAACAUGCUUGGGAUCUAUCGAAUGGGCUGUCCUCGUAGUAGAUGAGGCCCACAGACUGAAAAGUAAUCAGUCUAAAUUCUUCAGGCUCCUAGCUGGCUAUCACAUUAACUACAAACUUCUACUCACCGGCACACCCUUACAGAACAAUCUGGAAGAGUUGUUCCAUCUACUCAACUUUUUGAACAAAGACAAGUUCAACGAUUUAGCCGCCUUCCAAAACGAAUUCGCCGACGUGUCAAAAGAGGAGCAAGUGAAAAGGCUUCACGAGAUGUUAGGACCUCACAUGCUGCGGCGUUUAAAGGCUGACGUAUUAAAGAACAUGCCGACUAAAUCAGAGUUCAUUGUGCGAGUUGAAUUGUCGCCUAUGCAGAAGAAGUAUUACAAAUAUAUCCUAACAAGAAAUUACGAAGCUCUGAACCCGAAGAGCGGUGGACAUACUGUAUCUCUUCUCAACGUGAUGAUGGAUUUGAAGAAGUGUUGUAACCAUCCUUACUUGUUCCCCGUAGCGGCGGAAGAAGCUCCACUCGGACCCCAUGGAAAUUAUGACACGCAAGCACUUAUUAAGGCCUCGGGAAAACUCGUAUUGUUAUCUAAAAUGUUGAGACAGCUCAAAGAACAAGGCCACAGAGUGCUUAUUUUCUCUCAGAUGACAAAAAUGUUGGAUAUUCUUGAAGAUUUCUUAGAAGGAGAAGGGUACAAAUACGAGCGAAUUGAUGGUGGUAUUACUGGUACUAUUCGACAGGAAGCCAUAGAUAGGUUUAAUGCGCCCGGUGCUCAGCAGUUUGUCUUCUUGUUGUCGACAAGGGCUGGUGGUUUGGGUAUUAACUUGGCUACUGCCGACACCGUAAUUAUCUAUGACUCUGAUUGGAAUCCACAUAACGACAUUCAGGCGUUCUCAAGAGCCCAUCGUAUCGGCCAAGCGAAUAAAGUUAUGAUUUACCGUUUCGUCACUCGUAACAGUGUAGAAGAAAGAGUUACGCAAGUGGCUAAAAGGAAGAUGAUGUUGACUCAUUUAGUGGUGCGGCCUGGAAUGGGCGGCAAAGGUGCUAAUUUCACCAAACAAGAAUUAGACGACAUUUUGAGAUUCGGUACAGAGGAAUUGUUUAAAGAAGAAGAGGGUAAAGAGGAAGCUAUUCAUUAUGACGAUAAAGCAGUAGGCGAGUUACUUGACCGCUCUAAAGAAGGUAUUGAGCAAAAGGAGUCUUGGGCUAACGAGUACCUCAGUUCAUUCAAAGUGGCUAGUUACUCAACAAAAGAAGGGGAUGGAGAGGAGGAGGUUGAUACAGAAAUUAUUAAACAAGAGGCAGAGAAUACAGAUCCGGCGUAUUGGAUAAAACUUCUGAGGCAUCAUUACGAACAGCAUCAGGAAGACCAGGCGAGAACGCUUGGUAAAGGCAAACGAGUGCGUAAACAAGUUAAUUAUAACGAUGGAAGUGUUGCGCAGACCGAGAACAGAGAGGAUUCCACAUGGCAAGAGAAUGGCUCGGAUUACAAUUCUGAUUUCUCACAAGGUAGCGAAGAUGACAAGGAAGAUGACGACUUUGAUGAGAAGAAUGACAAUGGGGACCUAAUGAGUCGCCGUAGUAGGAGACGUCUCGAAAGACGCGAGGAACGCGACAGACCACUACCGCCUUUACUGGCGCGAGUCGGCGGCAAUAUGGAGGUCCUCGGCUUUAAUGCUAGGCAGAGGAAGUCAUUCCUUAACGCCAUCAUGCGAUAUGGUAUGCCUCCACAGGACGCGUUCAACUCGCAAUGGCUAGUGAGAGAUCUUAGAGGAAAAUCCGAAAGGAAUUUCAAAGCCUACGUAUCCUUAUUUAUGCGACACUUGUGUGAACCAGGAGCAGAUAAUGCGGAAACGUUUGCAGACGGUGUACCCAGAGAAGGUUUAUCUCGACAGCAUGUUCUCACAAGAAUUGGUGUGAUGAGUCUAAUCAGGAAGAAAGUUCAAGAGUUUGAACACAUUAACGGUUAUUAUAGUAUGCCGGAAUUGAUUAGGAAACCAGUAGAGCCUGUGAAAGUGGCUGGAGCAGAGGGAAGCGCGGCGGCGAGUCCAGCCCCUUCCACCGCCACACCCAUUACAUCUGCCGCACCCUCCCCCGCGCCCACGCAGCUCACGCAGGCUUCGGGACAGGCGCCAACGCCCGGUGGGUCGGAGAAAGAUGACAAAGAGGAAACAAAGGAUGAAAAAUCUGAAUCUAAAGAGAAAAUUAAGGAUGAGCCAAUGGACACCAGUGAAAUUAAAGAAGAAGUUACAGAUGAUAAAGAAUCGUCUAAAGAUCAGGAUGACAGUAAAGAUGCAGACAGGCGAAUGUCUGUGGACGAGGAGCCAUCGAAAGACGAUGACAAUUCUGAAAAUAAGAAAGAUGAAAAAGAAUCUAAAAUAAAAGAAGAGAACAAGGAAGAUGCGGACAAGAAAGAUGACGCUAAGAGUGAGAAGGCAGAGUCUGAAGCUUCGGAGAAACCCAAAGAUGAAAAGAAGGACGAAGACGAUGACGACGUGGUCCUAGUGAAAGAGGAGGAAGAUCUGAAAGUGGAGCGGCGUAAGUUCAUGUUCAACAUUGCGGAUGGCGGGUUCACGGAGCUGCACACGCUGUGGCUGAACGAGGAGCGCGCCGCAGCUCCCGGCCGCGAGUACGAGAUCUGGCACCGGCGGCAUGACUACUGGCUGCUCGCUGGCAUCGUCACGCACGGCUACGGACGCUGGCAGGACAUACAGAACGACCUGCGUUUCGCCAUUAUCAACGAGCCAUUCAAGAUGGACGUCGGCAAGGGCAACUUCCUUGAGAUCAAGAACAAGUUCUUGGCGAGGCGUUUUAAGCUGUUGGAGCAAGCGUUAGUGAUCGAGGAGCAACUCCGUCGUGCAGCGUAUCUGAACCUAACGCAGGACCCGAACCACCCCGCUAUGUCGCUUAAUGCGCGGUUCGCCGAGGUGGAAUGCCUCGCGGAGUCGCACCAGCACCUCAGCAAGGAGUCGCUGGCCGGCAACAAGCCCGCCAACGCUGUGCUGCACAAGGUGCUGAACCAGCUGGAGGAGCUGUUGUCGGACAUGAAGUCUGACGUGUCGCGGCUGCCGGCCACGCUGGCGCGCAUCCCGCCGGUGGCGCAGCGGCUGCAGAUGUCCGAGCGGUCCAUCCUGUCGCGCCUCGCCGCCACCGCCGGCAACCCCGUACCCGCCGCUCAAAUGCAGCAGUUCCCGGGCGGGUUCCAGUCGGGCGGGUCGCUGCCCGGGUUCGCGCCGUCCGCCGCGGCCGCCGCCAACUUCUCCAACUUCCGCCCGCAGUACUCGGUGCCGGGACAGCCUACAUCCACUGGAUCUUCUAAUAAAUCAUAAGCGCCGUAACUUAUACACCUUUAUUCAAUUUGACACAAUCGCAGGUAAAACAUAGUUUCUUAUUUAUUUAUGUGGUAGGAGCAAAUCGCUUGUCUAUUGUAAGAUGUUCAUUGUAUAAGAUAUCGUACCGAUCUAUUACAUGUAGUACUUGGCUCGAACGCAAGUAACAUGAAGGUAUUGUUUGUUUUAGCGAGCGGUUAUGUGGUUGCAUAGGUGAAUAUUGUAGAUGUAAGCUUUCCAAGAUUCCUGUUCCACCUUGGGUUUGAAGUGAUAAUUUUAGUGACCUAGUGCAGUAAUUAUGUUAGGUAACAUAAUGUCAUAUUGAAGCAACACUCACAAUAUUAUUUAUUUCAUCCUGAUCUGUAUGAAUCUUGUCUAAUGUAAUGUGAAGUGACUGUGGACUUAUGAAAUCUUUAUUUUUAAUUUACCAAAAAUGAACACUGAAUAAAUCAUACAGUUAAGUGAGAUUGUGAUUUGAUUUACCCUUCACCUAUUGGCGACUAUCAAUCUUACUCGAUGAGGAUGAUAAGCCACGUAAAUUAUUACAAUUUAACGCUCGAAUGGAAUAUUUUAAAAAAAUUGUCUAUAUUGUUUACAUUAGCGACAGUGAUCUUUAAAAUAUUGUAAACAAUCAUUUGUGAUUGUAAACUUGUAGUGUAAUAUAAGGACACGAAAUAAAAAUAAAUCAAUAAAUUAUGAAAAA